AUGGUGCCGCGCCCGGGAUUACUACUUCGAAUGACGGGCCAACGAUCCAAGAGGCAUCGGAGGCAGGUGCGCAGUCGGCUGGAAGGCCACGGGGCCAGCGACGACCUGGAGGGCUACGAAGAACCGUUUGCCGUUCCCGAUGUGGCUCCCGACGAGGGAGCCGCGAAGGGCCGCGACGCGAGUCGCGGUCCUACCGGUCGGAAGCCUGCAAAGGCUGGCGACCAACAACAACCCACCGCCAAGGCAGCCACGAAGCGCAAGUCGCCCAAGAGGAAGAAGAAAAGUUGCACGCGCCGGACUCGGCGGAGGAGUCGAUAUCCAAGCCGCAAGGCAAGGACACGGGACGUCAGUACACCGUCGAGGAGGUACGGCCCCUUCGUGGCGCCGGACUUCGAUAGCCUCACCAGCGUCGUCCACGCCGCGCUGACUCUCUUUCAGAUGCUGCGUGACUCGGGGUUCGUGUUGGGAGCUUUCGAGAUGGAGAGGCUGUGCGAUUGGGACCUCAAGUCUUGGCUACGCGCGAUUAGCGUCGUGCAGGAGCCCUUGACGAUUCUCGCCGGAUCCGUUAAACAAGGCGCCGCGAGUUCCGCGACGGGCCAAGGCGCGCCGAGUCCCUCGGCGGGCGCAGCCCGGACUUCAACGACCACGCCCUCGCCGCCGCCUCGAUACCAAUCGAGCGUGGACUCCGACAGCAGUUUCGAGUCGCCCAAGCGCAUGCCCAUGAACCGACCACCGCGCGUUAUGCAGCUUUCUGCUGCGCCGGCACGCGCCGAGGUUGCGAAACCGGCCGAGGGCGCGAUCCCCAAGGCUUUGGAGGAGUCUAUAAUCAAGUUGAUGCAAGCAACGAUGAUGCGCACCCCACGCGCCGAGACGCCGGCGGUCCCGGUGGAGUCGAAGCAGCCGACACACCCUGCGGCAGCAACUAUACGUCCCCAAGAGACAGCCGAUGUGGCGAUGGAGUCCGACCCCCACGAUCGGUUUGACGUGGACGUCGGGACGCCGAGAGCCGCGGCCGCGGUCUCAACCGCGACAGCCGGUGUCGGGCUUACGAGAGUUCGCCUCUCGGCUUCAUCGGAGCUGAAGGAGUUCUCGGGACGAGAUGCCGGCGAAGAGAAGGCUAGGCUGUGGCUCAAUCGUCUGAAGUCCGCUGCGCGUCGCGACGGGAUGACCGGGGAGGAAGUGUGCGGGCUGUUCAGCGAUCUGAUGAGCCGCCCUGCACGCCAAUGGUAUCUUCAGCUGCCCAAGAAGGUCAAGAAAUCAUGGACCGAGCUGAUGGAGCAAUUCCGCGUUCAGUACUGCGGCAAGGGCGUGUCAAUGGCCAGCCGCUACUACCAUGCGGCUCAACGCCCCGAUGAGACCCCUCUGGAUUACUUGUACCGACUCAAUGUCGCGGGCUUGAGGCAUUUCAUCCGGACGCUGAACACGCAGGAGGCCGAACUCGCCUCGCGUCUCACGCUGAUGGAGGUCGCUGACUCUGAGGCGCUGGAGAAGAAGCUGCGCGCCCGACAACGUGGAUUGGCUCACCAGAAGAAGACCCUCUUCGGCUCGAACAAGUUCCGCCAAAAGGCGCCGACUCCGCCGACUCAGCCGGCGCGCACCGUACAUGCGAUUCCCGUUGCGUCAGACGAGUACGACUCGGAACGCGAAAGUCGCGACACGAUCGCCAAACGCGCGCCGCGAAUCUCGGCGGUCCGACGUACGACGGACGACGAGUUUGCACGUGAACCACCCCUGGACGAGAUCGACUUGCAACCAGGAGAGCGACGCGGAUACUGGAAACAUUACGCGCCGCACAAGUGGUACAAGCAGGCCAAGAUUCAUGGAAAGCUGAACAACCGCCGUGCUGUGUUAUUGCUCGACACAGGCGCCGAGGUGUCCAUCCUGGACACCAUGAGAGUCAAGAUUACCUUGGCUGGGAACUUGGUGUACUACAUGCACCUGUGGGUCGGCGACUUGGUCGGCCAACACGCAAUCCUGGGAAUGAACUUCAUGGUGCCCGCUGGAGUGCGCAUCGACACUGCGGACGGCACGGCGUGCCUCCCCGACGAGGUGCAUAUCCAGAUGAUCGGACGAAGACCGCUAUACGGCGCACGGACGCACCCGGUCAACGUCAAGACACCUACGGCCAACCUCGGAACCGUGGAUUCGUCCGACUGGGCUCCUCCCGGUACCAGCAGUGGCAGAAUCUGGCAGGUGCCGCCCGACGACCACAAGCAGAAAACGGGCGAGGAGGCGGUGGAAGUGGAACCCGAUGGGCCUCCGACAGUGGCUGGAAGCGCUGCGAUGAAGGAAUCGCCUGAGUCAAAACUCGCCGAGCCAAAACUCGCCGGACCAGAACCCGCCGAGCCGGAACGCGACGAGGCAAAACCGGAUGAGCAGGAGGAAGACGAUGCAGUCCUCAUCCACGAGGGAUCUGACCUCUUCGCCGAGGAGCUCGAGUCCGAGAUGGCAGUGCUGCCAGACCUCUCGCUGACCGCCGAGGUGAAGAUCGAAGACCUGAAGGUGGGCGUGCCGACGGGACUCCCGCCCGAGGAAGCCGCGAGACAAGAAACGCGGCUACGCCAAAUCAUCUGGAAGCGACGGAAGUGGUUGAUCGGCAAGGGUAACGCCUUGCCACCAGCGGCCCUGGGAGUGGUCUGCGACAUCGACGUGGGCGACGCAAAACCCGUCGCGCAACGCGUCCGAAAAAUCCCGCCAGAGUUCCGAGAGAAGGUCGCCGACUUGAUCAAGGGACUGCUGAGCGCGAGGAUGAUCUAG